AUGCGUCGCAGCGGCGGGAUCAUCGUACGGGCUCGACAGAUGGCGACGGGCACGCUUCGACAGGAGAAGACUCAGCUUCGCAAGGCUAUAAGAGCGAAAGUGGCGAAGCUAUCAACGGGAGAAAUUCAAGAGCAAUCUCAAUCUGUCACACGGCAAGUGCUUGCUCUGAAAGAGUAUCAGACGGCAGGUGCCAUCUCAGUCUUCCUGUCCAUGCCCGGAAAGGAGGUCUCGACGACUGACGUUGUUCGAGAUGCACUGAAGGCUGGCAAGGAGGUCUUUGUGCCGUACAUCUACGAAGUAGCUGUGCCGGAAGGCAGAGACAAGGUCAUGGAUAUGCUCAGGUUGCGUAGCGAGUCUGAUCUUGACUCUCUGAAGCCGGAUGCUUGGGGUAUACCAACUUUGAGCGAUGACUCAGUACCACUCCGCCAGAACGCGCUCGGAGGCUAUGGCCUUGAAUCCGACAGUGCCUCUCUGCAAUUAGACCUCAUCUUCGUGCCUUCGGUCGCUUUCGAUCAUGAACGCCGGCGCCUGGGGCACGGCAGAGGCUUCUACGACCGCUACCUCGAGCGAUACAGCUCUGCCGCGACUCGAUGUGGCUCACAGAUGCCACUUCUUGUCGGCUUGGCCUUAGCGCCUCAGCUACUCCCUGAGACUGACAGUAUUCCUGUCGAUGACAACGACUGGUUGGUAGAUCGGAUAAUAGCGCCAAUGUAG